CUCUAUCUCGUCCUGCUGUCCCCUCAAGGUCUAAUACUGAGUCCCAAAUUUGAAAAAUCUCCACAAAGUUUUCUGCAAUUUGAUCAGAGAAUUUCUUUUAAUUGAAGAUGCCACUGUCACGGUCUUUGUCGAUGACAUCUUUAAGUGGCGUACUGCCAGCUUGGGAGGAGGAUGAGUUGCCUAUUGAGGACCUGCUGCUCUUUGAGGUUGCCUGGGAAGUUACCAAUAAAGUCGGAGGAAUCUACACUGUGAUCCAGACCAAGGCCAAGAUCACGGUGGAUGAAUGGGGGGAGAACUACUUCAUGUUGGGGCCGUAUUUUGAACACAACUUUAAAACACAGGUGGAAGCUUGUGAGCCACCUUUUCCUCCAAUCAAGAAGGCCAUGGAUGCUCUGAUCCAAAAUGGCUGCCAGGUUUAUUUUGGCCGCUGGCUAAUUGAGGGCAGUCCCUAUGUGAUCCUUUUCGACAUUGGUUCUGCCGCUUGGAACCUGGACCGCUGGAAGGGAGACCUGUGGGAUACCUGCAACAUUGGCCUACCAUACCAAGACCGGGAAGCAAACGACUCUCUCAUCCUAGGCUCACUGAUUGCCUGGUUCUUCAAAGAGUUAACAGAUCAGCUUGGAGACAAACCCAAUGUCAUCGCGCAUUUCCAUGAAUGGCAGGCAGGUCCAGGUCUCAUUCUCUGUCGUUCUCGGAAGAUCCCCAUGGCGACCGUCUUCACAACUCACGCAACUCUGCUGGGACGAUACCUCUGCGCUGGGAAUGUUGACUUCUACAACAACUUAGAUAAGUUCAACAUCGACAAGGAGGCUGGUGAACGUCAGAUCUAUCAUCGCUACUGCUUGGAGAGAGCUGCUGUCCAUUGUUCUCAUGUCUUUACAACAGUCUCGCAGAUCACUGCUGUGGAGGCCAAUCAUAUCUUACAUCGGGAUCCAGAUGUGGUGACUCCUAAUGGAUUAAAUGUCAAAAAGUUCUCAGCCAUGCAUGAGUUUCAGAACCUACACUCCAUCAACAAGGCUCGCAUCCAGGAGUUUGUCAGAGGACAUUUCUAUGGACAUCUGGACUUCAACCUAGAUAAAACACUAUUCUUCUUCAUUGCUGGCCGCUAUGAGUUCUCCAACAAGGGAGCAGACAUGUUUCUCGAGUCACUAUCCAGGCUGAACUACCUGCUUCGAGUCCACAGAAAUGAUGUCACAGUGGUCGUUUUCUUUAUAAUGCCAGCAAAAACCAACAACUUCAAUGUGGAAUCCCUGAAGGGGCAAGCUAUACGCAAACAGCUCUGGGAUACUGCUCACAUUGUGAAAGAGAAGUUUGGGAAACGACUCUAUGAUGCUCUGUUAAUAGGUAAGAUCCCUGAUAUGGACUCCAUUCUGGACAGAGAUGACUUCACUAUCAUGAAGAGAGCCAUCUACGCCACUCAGAGACACAGCCUCCCUCCAGUAACAACCCACAACAUAAUUGAUGACUCAUCAGAUCCCAUUCUAGCCAAUAUCCGACGAAUCGGCCUCUUCAAUUCCAGGAAUGACCGUGUCAAGGUCAUCUUUCAUCCUGAAUUUCUAUCCUCUACGAGCCCUCUGCUACCACUGGAUUAUGAGGACUUUGUCCGUGGUUGUAACCUUGGAGUAUUCCCCUCCUACUAUGAGCCUUGGGGAUACACACCGGGUGAAUGUACUGUAAUGGGCAUUCCCAGUGUGACGACUAAUCUUUCUGGCUUUGGGUGCUUCAUGGAGGAACAUGUAUCAGAUCCUGCUGCCUAUGGUAUUUACAUCGUGGACCGGCGGUUCCGUUCUGCCGAAGAGUCCUGUAACCAGCUGACUCAGUUCAUGUUCAAUUUCUGCCAACAGUCACGGCGUCAGCGCAUCAUCCAGCGCAACAGAGCAGAGAGGUUGUCUGACCUGUUGGACUGGAGAUACCUAGGACGGUUCUACAUUCAUGCACGCCUCCUUGCACUCAGCAGAGCUUUCCCUGACAAGUUUAAAGUGGACCCCGUGGGACCUUUGAAGACGGAAGGUUUCCGCUACCCCCGGCCUUACUCGGUGCCCCCCUCUCCGUCCGUGUCUGUCCACUCCACACCCCACCACAGCGACGUGGAGGAUGACGAUGAUGAUGAACCCUACGAUGAAGACGAGGAGGCCGAAAAGGACCGAUUGAACAUAAAGGCGCCCUUCGUCCUGGGUGCUGCGCCAGAGGGCAAGAAGAAACAACCAGGGGAAUCUGGAAACUGAGAUUUCACUGAUUUCCAGGAUUCCAAAAGAAGUUUUCAGAUUUGCUGAUGGAACAUACAAAAGACCUUUUCUUCUCCUCCACGCAAAAAUGAAUAACGACAUCUUUCAAACUACGAAGUGGAGCGCUUUCAGAAGUAUUCUCUCUUCCACACUGGCAUUUCCUGAAAGUACA